UAAAAUGUGAUUGUAUCUCUACAAACAACUCCUAGCUAGACUAGGUUACUUACGCGUGGUAAUUUACAGUUCAAUAUUUUUAAGUGCAAGGACUGGGCUUCCACGGGAAGCACAUCAGAUAGCUAGCUUGUAAGCUACGCUAUAUGCCAUGACAGACGACUGGCGUCACGGACUACCUUUUCUACCAGGGAACACCUUCAGGGAUCUCACGAAGGCAAAUCACCACAGGGCCCAGACGCUAAGUUAUAAGAACGGCUUCCUGAUACCGCAAAUCCCGAAGGUAGGCAUUGGGCAAACUGCUCUCCUGUCGGACCACCUGACCCACUGCGAACGCACCCAGCUGACCGUACAGACCACAACGCGAGCAGGUCAGGAGGCCAUCCCCGCUCCUUCUGUGGAGUUCAUCCCUGCCCAUGUCGCCUAUGACAAAAAGGUGCUGCGUUUCUAUGGGUACUUCCAGGAGGAGAUCCAGCUGUCCCCUCUGGAGAAAUACAGAGUGCGUCCUGUGGUCAUCUGCUACUACCUGGAGGAUGACAGCAUUUGCGUGAUCGAGCCCGAGGUGGAGAACUCGGGGAUACCCCAGGGCAAGUUGAUCAAAAGGCAGCGGCUGCCGAAAGACAACCAGGGCGACUAUUACCACUGGAAGGACCUGAACGUCGGCAUUGACAUAUCCGCGUAUGGGGUCACCUACCGCCUCACGAGCUGUGAUGCCUUCACAAAGGAGUACCUGGAGAGUGAAGGGAUUGUACUGAAUGAGCCAGAGGAAAUACCUGGCGACCCCUACACAGAUCACCGUUCCCAGCCCCAGCAGUCCUACAUCACCCCCACCGAUUUCGACAGUCUGAAGCAGUUCCUCACCAUGGAUCGCAAGGUGCUGCGCUUCUUUGCCGUGUGGGAGCAGGCCGACUCCAUCCCCAGGGAGACGCGGCCCGUCACCAUCCAUUACUACCUGGUGGACGACACAGUGGAGAUCAGGGAGGUCCACGCGCCCAACACAGGGCGAGACCCCUACCCCGUCCUGAUGCGGAGACAGAGGGUCCCCAAGGAGAUAAAUCCUGCCUGCGAGCCAUUCCCUAGCUGUGUCCUGGAGGUGUCGCCCCAGGAGGUGCAGGAGUACUACUCCCCCAGGGACUUCAGGGUGGGCGAGACGCUUAGCAUUUUGGGUAGAGAGUUCCUGCUGUACAACUGCGACGAGUUCACCCAGAACUACUACAAGGAGAACUUCAGUGACAUUGACGUCAAGCCCGUCCAAGUCCUCCCCAAACCUGAGCCAGAGAUUAAGAAGGAGAUCCCCCCCUACAACGGCUUUGGUUCCCUGGAAGACUCCUUCCAGAACUGCAUGUCCCUCAUCCCCGCGCCGCCCAAGAAAGACCUCCUGAAGAUGCUGGAGAAUGACCACAAAGUGCUCAGAUACACGGCCAGGCUGGACUCCCAGAAUGAGGAAGACACCACGCGCCGCUUCAUCUUUUCCUACUUCCUGUCCAACGACAUGAUCAGCAUCUUCGAGCCCAGCUUGCGCAACUCUGGGAUCAUCGGAGGAAAGUUCCUGGAGAAGACCCGCAUCCCCAAACCGGGCAGCUCGGUGGACAACCCCGAUUACUACGGGCCUGCGGACUUCGCCAUCGGGGCCGUCGUGGAGGUGUUCAGACGGCGCUUCGUGCUGACGGACGCUGACCUCUACGUGCUCAAGUACCUGGAGAGCAUUGCAGACCAGAUCCCCUCCCACACCCUGGACUCUCUGCGGCGGCACCACGGUGUGGCACCCGAGCCGGCCCAAACCACCGAGGAAACUCCAGAAACCAAAAAUGACUCCUGAUGGAGAGAGAACUCAACCUUGUCGCUUCCCUAAAUACUCCAGGACUCCAUAUCGAUCAUACAUCAGUGUUUGUUACUCCUGUAGUACACCUCUACAAAGGCCAAAUUAACAGUGAAUAAAGGGAUUUAAACACACUUGUAUUGCAAUGCAUAGAAUAAAGGA